CGGCUGCUCGACCGGCAAAUUGACGCGCGAGCCAUCCGCUCCUUUGAGAAGCGCAGCGUGCAGCAGCGCUUCUCGAAUUUCAACGAGCGGGUCAAGUGCGACCUCUUUGCGCCCCCGAGCGGGAGUGAGCAGACGCCGCACGGCGUCGAGCACCUGCGCGAGCGGCGGACUUGCGUGCUCGAGCUCGUCGUGGCGGGCGGCCUCAUCUUUGGGCUCGCCGACUCGGGCAUCUGCUGCGGCUUUGACAUGGACAGUGGCCGGCGAGUGAUCCGCUCCUUGUUUCACAACAAGUCGAACAGCACGCUCAUCAUCGUCUCUCCGCAGGGUCGGUCCGACAAGCUCUUCGAGUCCGAGUCGCUCAAACACCCAGGCUUCGUCGAGUUCGACGACGUCAACCAGAAGGUGCUCACCUUUUGCUCCCUCCGCGCGAGAUACAAGGUCUGGUCCAUGCUCGACCCGAAGCGAGUGAUGUUCGACCUAGCGGACCGGGACAUCGAGGAGAUCAAAAUCUCGCCGGGCAUCAUGCUGCUGGUGUCAAGAUCGUCGUCAUCGAGCAGUUCAACCAAAAGCUGCUGCUGCAGCAGGCGCACGCGAGCCUCUGCGCGCCGCCCGACCCGCGGGACACGUCCACGACACGUCCCGCGACACGCGCCGCAGGAGGGGGAGCCGCUGCUCAUCAUCGACCUGCUGUCGAACGAGACCGUCACCGUGCCGCAGGAGCGCUUCCAGACGCCGUUCGCCUUCAUCUUUUUGUACGAGCACCAGUGCUUCCUCUCCUUUCGCGACUCUGAGGUGCUGCUCUGGAACUUCCGUGGCGAGAAGGUGACGACGUUCGCGGACCACAAGCUGUGGUUCCCCGCCGCGGUGCACGACCACACCUCCAUCAUCUUCAUCACGCAGACGCAGGACGUCAUCAUCUCCCUCUGC